UACGUUUAGAUACCAAGCGGAUAUUGAAGACGUAUAUCAACUACAUGGCGUAAUCCUGAACAUACGUCUCCGCUCCGCGAAUCGAGUAUACUGAUAGCCACGAUGUAUCAAGAUAUGACAAGGAUGAGGCUGUGGAUGCUUCUGCUGCUCCUGUGUUUGCAGGCGUCUGUAGGCCUGGGCCAAACGGCAGAUGGUAAAAGUACGGUACCCGCGCUCAGUACGACUCCAUCAGCUACGUUAGCCGCUAGCUCUAAGACCUUUCCUCGCUCUUCAACACCCCCAUCCAUAACUACUGCCAAUACUGCUCACACCAGCGCCGCAGGCGCUUCACCGCAUUUUCUAGACCCAAGAUCAUUAGCACUGGAGGCGGUGGAGUUAGCUAGAACUUCUUCGGCGUGCAAAACGACUGAUAUGGCGAUAAACACCGCCUCUGGUUCGGAGAUGAACAAGAUGGCGUCCGACCUCGGAACGGAACUGAAAUCAAUUUACGAUGCAGCGGGCGUUAUCUCCGCACUGCAAAGGUCUCUGCGAGGUGAGAUGAAGGAUGAGAGGAACGAUGUGUACAACGCUCUGCUGAACACGUUAUUACUCCAACAUCCCAACAUAAUGAAGAGUUGUGUGGGGUUAAUAAACAGCCAGUUCAAUGACACCAUAUCCACAUACACUUGCGUGUACAGAAAGUCCCAGUUUGACAACAGUACAGACAAUAGAGGUGACACAGACGUGAAUUCUUCAUCAGAACUGAAUGAAUGGUUCUGGUCUGUGAUGGAAACAAACGACAGCAGUGCAGGCGACCGGGAAAGGUUGGGAGUUGGACGUGACUAUUGGUCCAACAUCACCCUGAUCUGUGGCCAACAACGGAAAUGGAAAGUCACCUUUUCUACCCCCGUCUACGUCGAGGGUGAAGGCAGACUGAAAAGCGGCGCCGUUCAAGCUGACUUUGACCUCUCCUCGGUUGACAUCAACCAGUGCCCCGGAAGCACAACCAUCUUUGCUGACACCCACAAAUGUAGGAACCGUUCUACCGAGUGUGUCCCGAUUCCCGGCCAAGGCUUCCGUCGAGGUUCGUACUACUGCCAGUGUCGGAAGGGCUACUACUUCCCAGACCCGAACGUGAACCAGACGUUCUUCGACGGCACUGUCGUUGAAGAAGAGUACCUAAGAUGGCGACGAGGCAAGCGCACGGCGUACCCCAACAGUUUCGAGUGCCUGCCGUGCGCAGAAGGGUGCGAGUCUUGUCUUGACGAGUCGCCAUGUCUGGUGCAGGAGGACCAGGUCUUGAAAACCAUCGUCGCCGGAAUCCAGUGCUUGAGCGUUGUCGUCUGUAUGGUGCUUGGGGUUGUCGCGUUCAAGCACCGGAAAACAAAAUCUGUUGAAGCCUUUGGCCCGUGGUUGCUGCUGCUUCUGCUUUUCGGGACAGUAUUGUUGUAUAGCCCGGUCAUAGUGCUCUACUUCCGACCUAUCGCCGCUACAUGUCUCCUGUUGUUCUGGUUCAGAGAGCUCGGCUUCGCUUUGGCCUAUGGAGUACUUGUUCUGAGGGCAAGGAGAUAUUUGGAAGUGUUCCAAACAAGAUCGGCUACUCAACUGGAGCUGUCUGAUAAAGGUCUGCUGAAGUUGCUGGCUGCCAUCGUGCUGGUGGCCCUGGGUCUGCUGUUCGCUGGUACGGCGUGUACCGUGCAGGAGGCCCGAGCAGGAAUCAGCAUCGUCUCGGUGGAUGGGAGAACGGGCUCGGGACUCAAGUUCCCCUACUGCUCGCUGAGUCUGUGGAGCUACUGUUUAGAUAUAGGAGAACUGCUGUUCCUGGUGUGGGGUCUGUACCAGUGUUAUCGCAUCCGCUCAGCGCCCUCUGAGUUUAACGAACCGCUGUUCAUGACCAUCGCCAUCGGCAAUGAAGCUCUGCUUACAUUGAUCUUCAACGUCGCGAGACAUGCGGUCCUGCCAAUCAUCCACCCGGAUGUGACAUACUUAGCUCACUUCCUGCACAGCCAGCUGACUGUCACGGUCAUGGUCGGGAUCAUCUUCAUUCCAAAGCUGCGCCAUAUUGGCCAGGUGGAGAGGCAAAGACGUGACUUCCGGUCUCGGAAGUUCCGGGCCAGAAGCUACGCCCCUGGACUGGAGCUGGACAAUGCCAUACCCCGGACCCAGACUAACGGCUCCAUCUGCGAGCAGGCUGCAGACCCAUCGGAGCUCAGGGAGGAACUGAAAAGAGUGUACCAAGAACUGGAGGUGUACAAGCUGAAGACGAUGAUGAUGAACAACCGCCACAUCCGCAAGAAGAAGGGCAGAAGACGUCCUCUCAUCGCCAUGCUGACGUCACGAGCCUCAGACGAGGACUCCGGGGGCGGUCGGGACUCUUCGUUUGAUACCCCGAGCGAGCAACGUACGAUCACCCCCGAACCACGUGAUAGGUGAACUGGCCAAUCCCUGGCAACGUGAGAGAGCAACUUGAUCUGACGAAUCAACGAUUCGCUUUCUCCCCAGUCAUGGGAAAGCAUCCCAUUUUUUCAACAUCAUCAUACAGAAAAGAGUAAAGCAAGAUGCUUUUUUCAAGUGGCCAGCAGGCCAAGGCAAUGCGUCGUCGCUGCGACUCGCGAUUUUAGCCAAGCACAUUUAUGUACUGUUAUGUACAGAGGUUUGGCACAUGAAGCUUUUCAGUCACGGGGCCGCUGGCUUUACGCCACCAUCCGAAGGGACAACUAAAACCCCGACAAUAGUGCCCGUGCUAGGUUCGAACCUCCGCCCCAUGGAUCCACAGAUUUCAAUCCAUUUUAGCUUUUCUCACACACUUAUACUUGAUGUUGUGCUAUGUUGUCUGUUACAUCUAUGCUUAGGGUCCCCAGGAUAUAUAGUUUGUGAUGUACAGUUUCUGUAUAUCUUAAUACUCUACAUCGAAUAAACGAAAGUGUGCUUUGCUGUAUCCAGUUCUUAAACUAAAACAGUGGGGCAUGUCAGCAGGUAGGCACAUACUUAGUAUUGUCUUUAUAAUACAGAGAACAUGUCUUCUACAACUAUUAGCUAAAGAUGUAUACCACAAGUAACAACCUUCGACUACAUUCCAUAUAACAUUUAAUGGGGACUAUAUACUAUAGAAGUAUUACACCUGUCCAGUAUUUGGUAUCAAAAUAGAGUACAUCCUCAGAAUGAGGCGAAAUGUGACGCUUUUCCCAUAGCUGGUUGUGCAAUGUAGUCUCGCCAAGUCUCGCGUUAGAACACCGGGUUACCCGUGCUCCUCUCCAUACGUGUGCUGGGUUCUUUUACCUGCAGAGGUUUGACAGCUGAGGGUUAGGCUGAAAGUACGUCCCCAACCGAAAGGACGAAUGAAAACCUUUGGCUAACACUUUUCGUCCCUACUCGCCAUGUGUACAAGCCACUAUCACGUUCUGUGAACAUGUCUGUAACGUUACAGUGAUAGAAUCAAGGUAGCAAGCUAAAGUUAUAACACAGUGGCACUGAUUUCACAGUGCUCAUUUGUACAUGUUGGGCUUUCUUUCAAACUUAGAAAAUGGUGAUGUAAGUAGUGUUUACAUAAUACUCUAUUGCCCACUCCAGUUAGAUAUUCAGUACAACAAUGUUGGAUAUAGUACAUUUUGUGAAGUAAUACCAAACAUAGAGGUAAGGCUUUGGGUAUUUGUACAGUGAAUAUGUAUAGUGCUCCUAGGCUCCUGCAGUGCUGUUGUAAAAUUGUAAGAUAUUGCAGCUCCUGUAACAUGAUGACAUGUAAUAUUUUUGGGCCUAGCGAAAACAACGUAACUUGAUGGUACGAGCAUACAUAGAACAGGUAUAGUAGAAUAUAUCUCGUGAAUAUGAAUCGUCAACCGUACGCUUGUAUUUUGUGAAAUUUGUUUUAUUUGGUCAAGUAUGUCGUUUUUGAGGUAGACUACUUACUUGUAUACAUGUACUUGAUAUUGUAAAUACUACGCGGACUAUUGAUUGAUUGAUUGAUUGAUAUGUGGCCUCCUAAAUAUUUAACAUGUGUUAAUCGAAAUUAUACUUUAUAUGGUAUAUGGAAAACUGAGAUGAAAGUAUGACAUGGUUAUUUUUGUGUAUGUAAUACGAUGUCGAUUCCAUUGUAUGGUAGUCCCAUGAACAUAACUUUGUUGUAUGUGUAUGUUUUACUUGAUGUUUUAGAUAGAUAAUAUAUAGUGCAUUGUGUUAGCCGGUUUGCCAAUUGUACCUUCUGUAAAUAUCAACGUUGUUUCUGCAACAGAAUGACAAAAGAAAGUCUUUAUCAAUGUAUGUAUCUUUGUUACAGUGCUUACUAUCACCCCCCAGAGUUGAAUGGAAUUGCCCUAGACGCCAUCUUGAUGACGUACCACAGCUCGAUGUAUAUCCAAUCCUGAGAGUGUCCUUGUGUUCGUCUUCAUAACCACUCCAAAUGUCCUUCUCAAAACAUCAACCACUCCAGCAAUAACAACAACUGUUAGUCCC